CGGCGGCGGCGGAGGUUGGGCUGUGCCGGCAGAGCCAGGGUCCGCGCGGCGCGGCGGCCGCUCGGCAGGGGCGAGGCAUCGUUCAUGGGGGGUUUCGUCUAACGGUACAUGACGCAACGUCGGACCCGCCAGGUUCGUGAGUUUAUGCACAAACUCUGGCUGGGCUCAUCUCCAGGCCCCCGUGUUGUGGGCCAGCUCAUGCAUGCCGCCUGCCCGGAUGUUCAGGGCACCGAGCACAUCGCGCCCAUACACGCGGCCGCAGCACGGGCAGUACUUGAUGUCGCGGAGACUGUGGCCAUGCGUCAGCGGCGAUGCAUGCGUGGCAAUGCAUCCGUGGCAAUGCAUGCACGGCAAUGCAUGCGCCGCAAUGCAUGCGCGGCGAUGCAUGCGCAGCGUCGGCAUUCUGACUCACGGUUUUGCCGCAAAAGACUUGCGCAGGCUCGCCACUCGCUGAGACGUCCCCUUGGGGUUUGCCUUGCCGUCGACGCGUGCGCCGGUCCGAGACUUGCACCCGGCGGGACACACCGACGACGUGAGGUACUCGUCCUGCAGCCGCCAAACGAUCGGCAGGUUCCGGAUGGCCGUAAGCUUCAUGCAGUGGCGCAGAACGUCGCCGCUGCACUGCGCGGGCAGUCCGCCGCGCCGCUUCGAUCUGCAGCAGUGCGUGAGCCUGCAGCUUCCGAGAAUGUCCGCACAGCGGCACUCACCUCCAAUUGCCGACGCUGACCACCACCAGCGCGUCCUGCCGAUCCCACACCUGGUGCCUCUUCUCCAUGA